AUGCCUUACUGCGUCUGGUAUCCCGGCCUCGCCACUGAGGACACUUACCGCGAGCUCGCUCGCCGGUUCCCGGCCCUCCCUUACCAGGUCGGACUAUCCAUUGCCGAGAAGGCCCGGGAGUCUGGAAACGACGGCUCGACCGCCAUCUUUGAGCACACCAUGAGCCAGCCGACGCGGCACGCAGUUAUGGACGACUACAGGCGCACCGUCAACCCCGUGCAGGCGCCGGUCUAA